GAGAAACUCGAGGAGCAGGGGAAGGAGAUGAGCAAGAGGUACGACUUGAAGGUGGCGGAGGCAGCCAUCCUGCAGAAGGGAAUAUGGAGAGUUGAAGAAGGAGCUUCAGGAGAAGGAAAAGGAAAACAAGGAUAAACUCGAGGAGCAGGAGAAGGAGAUGAAGAAGGAAAUCGAAAAAGUUGAAGAAAGACCUUCAGGAAAAGGAAAAGGAAAGCAAGGACAAACUCGAGGAGCAGGCGAGGAAGAUGAAGGCAGAAACCAAACAGGUAGAGACCGAGUACGAGGCCCGACUGCGAGACUCGAACAUAGCCUACAACACCAAAGAGGACGAGGCAGCCGACCUGAAGAGGGAGAACAGAGACCUGAUGAUGGAGAUGGGAAGAAAGGAAGAGGAAAUAGCAUCUCUAAAGGAGACGGUGAAGCAAGCGCAAUUGCAUCAGCGAAGGUGUGAGAGUAAGGCGAGGAAGCAUGAGGCCGAGAAGGAAGGUCUCAACGAGCAAAUCGCAGAUCUUCAGGAAUACAUUGCAACUUUACAGGCGGAGAACAAUGAAAGGCUAAAAAGUCUCAAAGCAAAGGAGAAGACGAAGGAGAAAGAGGCAGCCAACGCGAGAGGCGAGCUUGAGAAGAAGCUCAGUAGACGAGACAAGACGAUCGAGGCCCUCAAGAAAAAGCUCAGUGAACAAGAAGAGGCAAGAGAAAUGGACUCGCAACCCGAAGAGGAAGAGAGCGAGUUAAAGCGAAUGAAGAGGCAGUUAGAAAUACAAGAGGAAAAGAUGAAGGGCCUUCUUUCUGCGGUAGAAGAUCUUCGUCUGAGAGAAAUGGAGGCAAGUCGUUUCUCUUAUCAUAAGAGUUUAUAUAUCUAUGUCUACCUAUUUAUGUACACACACAAACAGAAACACGUGUGUGUGUGUGUGCACAUAUGUAUAUAUAUAUUAUAUAGGUAAGUAGAUAUAUAUGUA